AUAAAUAAGUUGACAUAAAGAAAGCAUAAAAUAAGGCAGAGCCUUUUCAUAGCCAGAAUUUUUAGUAAAAAAUACAACAGUGAUAAGCAUACAUCACCUCUGAAGAUCCAUGGAUUCAAACGUGUCAACAAAUGCAAAAUCAAAUCCGGCCAAAUACUCAUUUCAAUUAACAACUCCAUCUGAUGCGGAAAUUGGAUUUCUAAGCACUUCAAACGAUUUAACAUCUGUUGAGCUUACCACGCCAUCUCUCAAGUCGAAAAAUGCAGUUGAAAGGAUCAGAGGCUCCUCGUCAUUCAGUGGGAGAAGGUCUUCAGUGACUCCCUAUGGAAAUCGAGUGUCUCGGGGCCCUACAAGCAAAACACCACGUCCCUCGGUUACCCCAAGACAUCUAGAUGCAAGCACUCUUGUCGCUAUAGUCGAAGGACGUGGUUUGGCAAAAGGAGAAAUUGGAAUGGCUGCAAUUGACCUUAAAGGAUCUGAGAUGACUCUUUUCCAAUUUUCAGAUGGAGCAUCAUACAUGAGACUGCUUACAAAACUGAAUAUCUUAUCGCCAAUCGAGAUUCUUAUGCCAAGCACCGCCUGCGAAAAUGGCAAAAUGGCAACGCUGUUCGAUCUCUUACGGGAGAGAUAUCCGAAUACCAACUUAACAACGGUUCAAAGGCGUUACUUCAAUGAAACUGCAGGUUUACAAUACAUAAAGGAUCUUUGUGCUCCUGAGUAUGCAACUGUUGAAAUCGCUGUUAGAAGCAAAUAUUACUGCCUGGCUACAGCUGCUGCGUUGCUGAAGUACGUUGAGUUCAUACAAAAUGUUGUCUACGCUCCUAACUCAUUAAAGGUUGUUUUCAAAGGAAGUGAAAAUACAACUAUGAUUGACACAUCAGUAGCAAAGAAUCUGGAACUGGUACAAAAUACUAAAGAUUCAAGAAGCAGCCAUUCACUGUUUGGCAUUAUGAAUCACACAAAAACUCCAGGUGGAUCACGAUUGUUGAGAGCAAACAUUCUUCAACCUCCCUGUGAUUUGCAGACAAUAGAUGUAAGAUUAAGCUGUAUUGAAGAACUGAUGGAUAAAGAAGAAUUGUUUCUCAAUCUUCAAGCAGUGCUUUCAAAGUUUCUGGACAUAGAGCAUCUGAUAUCACUGUGCAUACAAAUUCCAAAGAAAGAAGAUGUCAAAGCAGCCGAGACACGAAUAACAGAGAUUAUCUACUUAAAGCACACACUAGAACUGGUAGAGUCUCUCAAAGAUGUGAUCAAAGAGGGAAAGAAUCCACUAUUUGUCAUUUACACAGAGGCAUUAGAAGAUGAAAGAUUUAGCCUUCUGCUUGAAACAAUACAGACAGUGAUUAACGAAGAAACCAUGCUUCAGAAGGGUACUCUCAACAUGAGAACCCAGAAAGUUUUUCUCAUCAAGCCUGGUAUCAACGGAAUGCUGGAUGUUGUAAGAAAGGUGUACACGGAAUGUAUCGAUGACAUUGCAGAGCUUAUAAAGCAACUUUCUGACCGUUAUGGUAUGACCUUGAAGCCUUCGUACAGUGUUGGUCGUGGAUUUUUCAUUCAGAUAUGCGACAAUGUUCCCAUUGACUCGCUUCCUGAUUUCUUUAUCAAAAUUGUGAAAACAAAGUCUCUCGUUACUUGCACAACAGAUGACUUGAUCAAAAUGAAUGGCCGCGUGACUGAAGCGCUCAAUGAAAUUUACCUUCUGACUGCAAUGGUUAUCUCUGAGCUAAUGGUUAAUAUACGAAAGUACAUUAGCUGCAUGCAUAAGCUGGCUGAGGGUGUCUCAAUUCUUGAUUUGAUUGUUUCCUUCACUCACGCAUGUUCCAUAUCAAACUAUGUGCGACCGGAGUUUACUGACACAUUGGCUAUAAAGAGCGGACGACAUCCAAUUCUAGACAAAAUAAGCAGUCCUGGAUCAGUUAUCCCCAAUGACAUUUAUGCGUCUGAAGCAAGCUGUUUUAUCAUCAUGACAGGACCAAACAUGAGCGGCAAAUCUACAUACCUGAAGCAGAUUGUGUUGUUGCAAGUCAUGGCACAGGUUGGUUCCUUUGUCCCAGCUGAGUAUGCAUCCUUGAGGCUUGCUGAUCAAAUUUUUGCUAGAGUUGGCACUGACGACGACAUCGAAACAAAUUCAUCAACUUUCACCCUGGAGAUGAAAGAAAUGAACUACAUUUUGAAGAAUGCAAGUGACAAAUCAUUGAUAAUAAUUGACGAAUUAGGAAGAGGGACGAGCGUUGAUGAGGGAAUUGGCAUAUGUUACAGCAUAUGUGAACAUUUGUUGCAGAUCAAGGCAUUCACAUUCUUCGCAACACAUUUCAUGGAACUUUGUAACUUAGAGACGAUGUAUCCUUGUUCAGAAAACUAUCACAUGACUGUUCACAGAUCUGACGAGAGUGAGAUGCCGAGCCUUGUAUUCAAUCAUGUUCUUUCAAAAGGAAGGACACAACAAACCAACUAUGGUAUCAGCCUUGCUAAGAUGUCAUCUUUGCCAGAGAGUUUGAUUGAAACAGCAAUGACCAUUUCUAGCAAUAUCAGAAAUCGUGAAAACAACGUGCAUGGAGAAGUACCACAAGAGGCAAGAAAGAGGAGGGCCAUUUUUCGACUAGGAACUCGCUUACUCCAAGUUGCACAGCAUUCAAAGUUAGACGAUGUUGCGCUGAGGGUUUACCUUGAAGGCUUAAAAAGGCACUACAUGCAAGAGAUUCAAAGCUCAAAGGAAAACACCAAUAGCUAACCGGACAAAAAUGUGGCCAAAACACACGACGAAGCAGAAAAGGUCUCUAUUUUGCUGUAUAUGUUGUUAAUGAAGAGUCUUGCUUGAAAGUUGGAACUAACAUUAACAAUGUACCAAUGAACUAAGCAUUUUCCAGUA